GCUGGACCCAAGAGCCGACGCUUGAUGCCGCCGCCGACGGAACUCUGGGGAUGGCCUGAGAUUUUCUCGGGCCUGGGACGCGGAUAUAUAGAGGCGGGCUAGGAGUUGGAGUGUAUAUAAGGGUCCUGCUGCGCGAUUGAUUGUCUGCAUCUCGAGAUUCCCACAGCUCCAGCUACUUCUUCUCUUCUCAGCGCUCUACCUUUCGGGCUUCAUCGUCAGUUCAAAAGUCAAAUUUGCUCCUUUCAUACCCUCACAAUGGCCGACUCCAAGUCCCAAACCGCACCCUCCGUGCAGGGCGGCUCAGCACCGCACCGCUUCGACCCCAACUUCACCGACUCAGUCAUCAACGCCAUGGGCCCCAAGACCGACCCUCGCCUGCGCUUCGUCAUGACCUCGCUGAUCCGCCACCUGCACGACUUCACGCGCGAAGUCGAGCUCACCGUCGACGAAUGGAUGGCCGGCGUCAAGUUCGUCAACCUCAUCGGACAGACCUCCACACCAACUCGCAACGAAGCACACCGCAUGUCCGAUAUCCUGGGUCUCGAAUCGCUAGUCGACGAGAUCGCACACAAGCACAUCAACGAGAGCGGCGAGGAGCCUACCUCCUCCUCGAUCCUGGGCCCCUUCUGGUCGCCCAACGCGCCCUUCCGCGAGAACGGCGGCACCAUCAUCAUCAACCCGAACCCAGACGGCAAGCCCGCCCUCAUGCACGGCGUCAUCACCGACCUCGACACCAAGAAGCCCAUCCCCGGCGCCGUCAUCGACAUCUGGCAGGCCUCGGCCAACGGCAGGUACGACUUCCAGGACCCCGAGAACCAGACGCCGAACAACCUACGCGGCAAGUUCCGCUGCAACGAGAAGGGCGAGUACUGGUUCUACUGCUACAAGCCGACGGCGUACUCGCUGCCGACGGAUGGUGCGGCCGGCGCGUUGUUCACGGCCCUGGAUAGGCAUCCGAUGCGUCCGGCGCAUAUCCACUUGAUGAUUACGGCUGAGGGGUAUAAGCCGGUUACCACGCAGAUUUACCCCCGCGACGACCCUUAUGUCACCAACGACACUGUGUUUGCGGUCAAGGAUGACCUGCUCAUCGACUUCACUCCGCGCGAGAACGACCCGAAGGCCAAGUUGGAUCUGGAGUACAACGUGCGGUUGGCGCCGAGGGCGCCCAAGGCUGCGCCGAUGGAGGGCGUUGCGAGCCUAAACACUCUCCGCAAGCCCUCCCACCCACACUUCCACUACCAACCAUUCAGCACCCUCACCACCGCCAAAAUGCGCGUCCCGUACGCUCCCAAAGAGCCCCCAACCGAAGACGCAAAGCCAGUCUACGAACGCAUCGCCGCCCGCCGCGCCCCCCGCCCUCUAAUCCCGCUCGACCUCACGCUGCUCCACAACACCGCGGUAGCAGACGGCUGGAACUCGUUCAUUGGCGCGAUCCGCACCAAAACCAGCGUUCCGGAUGCGCUCAAAGAGCUCGCCAUCUCGCGCGUCGCGGUGCUCAACAAAGCCGUCCACGAGUGGGACAGCCACGCGCCGCUGGCUCUGAAAGGUGGCAUCUCCAAGGAAGGGCUGGAGACGGCGUACACUGCUCCGGUGCACAAGCUUGGAGAUAAGGUGGAGCGGGGUGAGAAAGGAGGGCUGACGGAGGAGCAGUGGAUAGUGCUGGCUUAUGCGGAUCAGAUGACACGAGGUUGCGAGGUUGAUGAGUCUGUGACGGAAGCGCUGAAGGGGUUUUUGAGCGAGAGGCAGGUUGUCGAGUUGACGGCUACUGUGGCGGCGUAUAACUGCGUACACCAACCCCGUCCAAUCCUCGUAAACGCGCGCCGCCAUGCUUCGACGAAACACCCGAAAGGCUUUGUGCCACCUACACAAGCAGAUCUCGAUGAGCUGCGGGAACGGGUGCAGGAGUUCACACGACGAGAAAUCCCCGAAGAACUAGCGCAAAAGACCGACCAUGUAAACGAGUUCCCGAACGAAAUGUGGCAGAAGUUCGGAGAGGCAGGGUUUCUGGGCAUAACGGCGGACGAGGAGUACGGUGGGCUGGCGAUGGGAUACCAGGCGCAUUGCGUAGUGAUGGAGGAGAUCAGUCGGGCGAGCGGUAGCAUCGGUCUGUCCUACGCGGCACACUCGCAACUCUGCGUAAACCAACUCAUGCUCAACGGCACGCCCGAGCAAAAAGCGAAAUACCUUCCCGGCUUGAUAUCGGGCGAGCAGAUUGGCGCAUUGGCAAUGUCCGAGCAUUCGGCGGGCAGCGACGUCGUCAGCAUGAAGACGACUGCGAAAGAGGUCGACGGCGGCUAUCUGCUCAACGGCACCAAGAUGUGGAUCACCAACGGCCCAGACGCACACACCAUCAUAGUGUACGCGAAAACCCAGCCCGAGGCCGCCUCAAAAGGCAUUACCACCUUCAUAGUCCCCACCGCCGGUGCAAAAGGCUUCUCGGUCGCCCAGAAACUGGACAAACUGGGCAUGCGGGGCUCCAACACCGGCGAGCUCGUCUUCGAAGACGUCUUCGUGCCGAAGGAGAACGUGCUCGGACAGGUAAACAAAGGCGUGCGCGUCCUAAUGGAGGGUCUAGAUCUAGAGAGACUAGUGCUAUCGGCCGGUCCGCUGGGCCUGAUGCAAGCUGCGCUAGACGUCGUGUUGCCGUAUACGCAUCAGCGGAAGCAAUUCGGCCACCCCAUCGCGCACAACCAGCUCGUCCAGGGCAAACUCGCAGACAUGUACACCAAGUACCGGGCCUCGUCCGCCUUCACCUACGCCGUGGCCAGGGCCGUCGACGAAAGCCACGAGAAUCCCGAGAUCAAGACGCAGGACUGCGCGGGCGCGAUUCUGUACACCGCUGAGAGGGCCAGCGAGGUCGCGGCGGACGCGGUGCAGUUGAUGGGCGGGAUGGGGUAUAUGAAUGAGGUGCCGGUGGGCAGGAUACUCAGGGAUGCAAAGUUGUAUGAGAUUGGAGCGGGCACGAGUGAGGUCCGAAGAAUGGUUAUUGGACGGGCUUUUAAUCGGGAGUUUGGGGAGAGGUAGGCGGCGGUCGUGAUGAUUGAACUCAAGGGGAAGUGCCCGAUGACGUGGCGGAGCGCACUGCCCAGGAGGAAAGUCAACUCCACAACAUGCCACACUUGCCUUUACGUGCUGGAGGCCAUCAAGAGUGGGUUUGCUAAGUCUGACGAUUACCUAGGUGUUCGGCCUUCUCCGAGCUUGAAUUUAUCGGUUUUGGUGAGGUUUCGAUGCCUACAAACGCUCUCCGUCCUAUGCUGGAACAACAUGUGUCUGGUGGGCUGGCUUGAUC